UUCACUCUCCCGUGGGCUGUAGGCGCUCCCAGAACGACAGACAGGCAGUUUUCCCUGCGAGGAUAGCGCAGCUGACAGUCUGGCUGUGGCAAAGCGCGUCCUGCUCCUGGUCUCGCCACCACGUAGCCUGCAGUCUCCGGGCAUUUCGGCUCUGCGCCCCUGCUUGCAAUGCUGCCUUGGCUUGGUCGGAAAACCAAAGCAGUGCGCACGCUGCUUGGAUAUCAGAAGUCACCGUAGGCAGAGGAAGUCGGAAUCCCACAGAUCUCCAACUAGUGCAAGUGGAAUUACUGAUUGCAGCUGUUGCAGCCGCUCUAUGGAUAGUCUACUGCAUAAUUCUUAUCCGCGAAACUAAACUUGGAAGGGAGAAGAUUGUGGAAUUUACGGAACACUGAUUUUGCCCACUUGGAUGUAACAGAUUAUUCAUAGCUUUACUUUCCCCUUUCCCUCUCCCUAACCUUCAACAUGACUUCUCUCUCUGGGCACAAAGAGAAGUCUGGGACUAGGAGUCGCAAAUAUGGGAUGACAGAUACCUCCCCGACCAAAUCUGCAUCUUUUUCUCCGGAGACCUGGUACCGGAAAGCGUACGAGGAGUCGAGGACCGGGAGCCGCCCGGCCCCUGAGGGAGCGGGCUCAAUGCCCGGUUCGUCUGGAACACCUUCGCCUGGAUCUGGUACAUCCUCUCCCGGGUCUUUCUCGGGCUCACCGGGCACCAUAUCCCCAGGAAUCGGGACCGGUUCGCCGGGCUCUUUGGGCGGAUCCCCAGGAUUCGGCACUGGGUCCCCGGGUUCUGGAAGUGGAAGCUCACCGGGUUCGGAUCGCGGAAUAUGGUGCGAAAACUGCAAUGCGCGGCUGGUGGAGCUGAAGCGACAAGCUCUGAAGCUGCUUAUCCCUGGACCGUAUUCCAGCAAGGACCCCUCGUUCGGCCUGCUUCUGCACGAUAAGCUGCAGGUCCCCAACAGCACGCGCAAGGCGUGGACCGAGCAGGAGAGCCGGUGUCCGGUGUGCGCCACGCACCUCAGCCAGCUCAAGCAGGAGGCCGUGCACAUGGUGCUGACGCUGGACCAGUGCGACGUGCCGCCCGGCUCGCCCCCGUCCCUCGCCAGCCUGGGGGGCGUGCGCGUCCCCAGCGCCAACCCCAACCCCGCGCGGGACUGGGCCUUUUUGCCCGCCACCUACCACUCGUCGCCAUCCUCUUCCUCCUCCGCGGCGGUACCGUCCAUGCCCGUCUCCGGUGGCAACAGCACGGGGAGCGCCAACGUCUCCAGCGGCAGCAGCAGCGGUGGUGGGGGCAUCAGUGGCAUCAGUGGCAUCAGUGGCAAUGGAGGAGGAGGAGGAGGCGGCGGAGGUGGCAUCGGGGGUGUCCACCACCACCAGGGCUACCCCAAGCACGGCGGCGCCAAGCCCAACAGCCUGGGGGUGAGUAGCGCGCCCGAGCGCAGGAACGGCUCCCUGAGCCACGCGGGCAAAGCUGGCACAGCUGGCACAGCUCAGACGCCGCUGCAGACGCAGCUCCUCAUGGGCACUGCCAGCGCCAGCACUGGCGCCAACAGUAACGUGCUCAGCUCAGUCGCCCUGGCAACGCACCAGUACCUGGAAGGCUCCUGGUCCAUGACUCGCGCCAACGGGGUCACCCUCUACCCUUACAAGAUCUCACAGAUGGUUCCCGAAGGAAACCGGGAGGGGUUGACCGAAGCCGCACUGAACCGCUACAACGCCGACCGGCCAACUAGCCACAGCACCCACAGCACUCCUGCCCCGCCACCUCCCGCAGUCACCACAGUGCCCUCUAGUGGCACCUCCGCAGCUGCGUCCUUCUUCGCCCGAGCUGCCCAGAAGCUCAACCUCUCCUCCAAGAAGAGGAAGCAGCGUCCGGCUGCCCCAGUGGCGAGCGACCCUCCCCUCUUCCCCACCAACUUCAGCGGCAUCCUCCAGGUGUCCCCCCCUCCGGCCCCCCCAUGCCUCCUCCGUGCUGUCAACAAGGUCAAGGACAACCCAGGACUGGGCAAGGUGAAAGUGAUGCUUCGCAUCUGCCCCGCGUCUCCCCCGGAGACGGCCGAGUCCAGCUCCUUUCUGAAGGUCGACCCGCGCAAGAAACAGGUGACCAUCAUGGACCCGGCGUCCAACACCCAGCCCAACGCCGCCCAGAAGCGGAGCAGCUCCAGCCAGGUCCCUCCCAAGAUGUUCGCCUUCGACGCCGCCUUCCCCCACGACGCCUCCCAGGCGGAAGUAUGUGCCGGAACAGUCGCUGAGGUCAUCCAGUCUGUGGUCAAUGGAGCGGACGGCUGUGUGUUCUGUUUUGGCCAUUCCAAACUAGGGAAGUCCUACACCAUGAUCGGGCGAGACGACUCGACGCAGAGCCUGGGGAUCGUCCCCUGUGCCAUCUCCUGGCUCUUCAAGCUGAUCAACGAGCGCAAGGAGAAGACGGGCGCACGCUUCUCCGUCCGCGUGUCCGCCGUGGAGGUCUGGGGCAAAGACGAGAACCUGAAGGACCUGCUGUCCGAGGUGGCCACGGGCAGUCUCCAGGACGGCCAGUCUCCAGGGGUCUACCUCUGCGAGGACCCCAUCUGUGGGAUGCAGCUCCAGAACCAGAGCGAGCUGAGGGCCCCCACAGCGGAGAAGGCCGCCUUCUUCCUGGACGCGGCCAUCGCCUCACGCUACAGCAGCAAGCCCGACUACGACGAGGAGGAGCACCGCAACUCCCACAUGCUCUUCACUCUGCACAUCUACCAGUACCGCAUGGAGAAGAGCGGCAAGGGCGGCAUGUCGGGUGGCCGUAGCCGCCUGCACCUGAUCGACCUGGGCAGCUGUGUGAAGGUGUUGAGUAAAACUCGUGACAGCACCACCGGUCUGUGCCUCUCCCUGUCCGCCCUGGGCAACGUCAUCCUGGCUCUGGUCAACGGCAGCAAGCACAUCCCCUACAAGGACAGCAAGCUGACCAUGCUUCUGAGAGAGUCCCUGGGUAACAUGAACUGCAGGACCACCAUGAUCGCUCACAUCUCCGCGUCGCCAAGUAACUUCUCCGAGACUCUGUCCACCCUGCAAAUCGCCUCCCGCGUCCUGCGCAUGAAAAAGAAGAAGGCCAAAGUAAGCGUGCAGUACACCUCCAGCUCUUCGGGGGGCGAGAGCUCGUGUGAGGAGGGCAGGAUGCGACGUCCGACGCAGCUGAGGACGUUCCACUCCCGCAACGUGGUGGACCCCGACAUGCCGCUGCUGCACCUCUCGAGCGACCACGACGACUACUCCAGCAGCGAGCAGUCGUGCGACACGGUCAUCUACGUGGGCCCCAACGGCUCUGCGCUCUCCGACAAGGAGUUGACGGACAACGAGGGACCGCCGGAGUUCGUGCCCAUCAUCCCGUCGAUCCACAAGAACAAGGCGGAGUCGGCGGGGGCAGCGGGCAAAAGUGGGGCGCUGUCCCCCCAGAAGCCCCCGCUGGCCGCGUGCCAGCUGCCCCUGCUGCAGGCUGGGCUGACCCCGGUGCCCGUGCAGGCGGUCCAGCCGCUCCACUCGCAGGCGCUGGCGCCGGUGCCCGAGGAGGGUGCGGAGGCCGAGAAGCCCGAGAAGGACUGCCUCAAGUGCAACACGUUCGCCGAGCUGCAGGAACGGCUCGAGUGCAUCGAUGGCAGCGAGGAGGUCACCAAGUUCCCCUUCGAAGAGGUUCCCGCUUGCAGGGCCACCGGCAAGGUCGAGCCCGUUCCCGCGGCCGAGGCCGCUCUCCAGGGCCACGACCCGAGGGUCGCCGAGCCGUCCACGCCGAAGCGGAUCUCCAACGACCAGCAGCUGGAGGAGAUCCGCGAGGCGGUGGAGGAGGCCGAGCUGGCCCAGUCGAUUAUCGAGAGCCUGACGCAGUCGUCCGCCGCGCUGACCAGCAGCCGAAGCGUGACGGGCAGCAGCAGUGGCGGCGUCAGCCAGAUCGUGCCCCUGCAGCGCGCCAAGAGCUCCAGCCUGCACGACAGCCGCGAGUCCAUCAGCGGCGCCAGCGGCAGCGAGGGCAAGCCGCGGUCCAUGGGCUCUCCGCGCCUGGGCAUCGCCAGCCUGACCAAGACAGCCGAGUACAAGCCGCCGCUGUCGCCCUCCCAGCGCAGCAAGGUGUACACGCAGAAGUGCGUGAUGCCCGGCACGCCGCCCUCCUCGUCCUCCUCGCACAAUCUGACCAAGGACGGCGGGCAGUCCUCCACAGAGUCGCUCCUAAUCCAGCCGGAGUCGCGGACCUCGCCCGUGGGCGUGAGCAUGGGGUCGGCCGAGACGCUGUGCGAUGACGCUGUGCCCCAGCUCCCGCUGGACGGUGGCAGGAAGGACGCGGCGGCAGCGGCAGCGACAGCGACGGCCACGGUCCUGCUACAGCGCCCCCUGGAGACCAACGGCGAGGACGAGCUGGUGUUCACGCUGGUGGAGGAGCUGAGCAUGGCGGUCAGCGGCGGCGUUGGCAGCGGAGGAGGAGGAGGAGGCGGCGUCAUGCUGGAGAAUGGCCGGCCCACUAGCAUCAUCAGCUUCAGCAGUGACUGCUCUGUCCAGGCGCUGGCCUCGGGGUCGCGCCCCGUCAGCAUCAUCAGCAGCAUCAGCGAGGACCUGGACCGCUACGCCGCGGUCACCGCCAUCUCCACCACCGCCACCGCCACCAUCUCGGAGGCCAACCUCGCCCGUUUCCUGCCCACCCAGGGACGCAUGGACGGGGAUCCCGUGGCGGGAGUGACAGCGGGCAUGACGGGGGGUCAGUUGCUGCCCGAGCCCAGCCGCCGCUCGUCCAUCAGCUCCUGGCUGAGCGAGGUGAGCACGGGCAGUGAUGGAGAGCAGUCCUGCCACAGCUUCGUUGCGCAGCACUGCUUCGGCCAGGGCGAGGCCAUGGCUGACCCGCAGCUGCCCGAAGAGGCCCAGGUGGACUCGGCGAGGAGUGCGAGCGGACGGAAGACUCCGGAGAGUGACACGGUUUUGGUCAAAGGGGACAAACCAAACGAGAAGAGCACCCCUACUAAGGAGCGGCUGAGCAGGAUGUCCCCCACGAUCAGCAGGACGACAGUCUCCGUGUCCACGGUCCAGACACUGUCCACUACCAGCGGCUUAGUGCCCUUUAAAACCACCAUUACAGUGCACCCUUGUGUGGCCGUCAAGCCAAUGAUCAUCCAGGAUUUUACCUCUCUUUCCUCUCCUACUAAAACUGCCCCACACAAAGACGGCAAAUGCCCCCUGAUGCCUCUCUCCAGUGACAUCCUCUUCGAUGACCCCUGGAUGAAGAGGGACUGCGAGGACUUCAAGGUCAAAGACAUAGUCUGUGAGGUCAAGCCGGAAAAGCGCCUGGCGGACUCGGUCAAGGCCAGGGGCGGAGUGGAGAGGCGCAGCUCCAGCAGUGGCGAAGCGGUCUGCUCGCCGGACACCUUCAAGCGGGUGGUGGACGGCUGCGAGAUGGUGCUGGCCGCCUCCGACGGAACGACCGCUGCCGUGUUCUCGGCCGACAUCCUCCGCACGGGCAGCCUGCCGCGCGGCUGGCACCGGCUGAACCGCCAGGACGACCUGGAGGACGCCGCCGGACUGCGCUACGCCAGCGGAGAGUACCGAGGGCUCGGGGUCACGACCUCCACGCCCUGCAGCCCCAGAGCCACGCUGGAGAGGAGGGGCUCGUCCUCCAAGCAGGGCCUCUUCGCCCGGCAGAAGGGGAUUCCGCCGCUGCCCCCGAUACGCAAGUCCAGCCUGGACCAGAAGAACCGAGCCGGCCCGCUGCACACGACCGGCAGCAUGCUGACGCUGUCCUUCCUGGGCAGCACGCCCGACGACCUCGGCGGAAACGGCAAGCAGAAGGGGUCGGGCAUGGAGAGUAGCCGUCUUUUCAGCGCCAAACUGGAGCAGCUGGCUAGCAGGACCAACUCGCUGGGGCGAUCUCACGGCGGUCACUACGACUGCCACUCCCUGGAGCGGGCCGAGAGCCUUACGUCCAUGGGCUCCAAAGGCGGCAGCGGCAACGGUGGCAGGGACACAACGAUGCCGCGAUCCGGGAGGAGUUUGACCCGCGGCUCCUCCGUGCCCUCUCCCACCAACGGAAACAACAACAACGUUCCGCAGUCGCCGGUCAAGGGCGGCCAGUCGAAGAUCUCAGCCGUCAGCAAGCUCCUGAUGGCCAGCCCCAAGGCCCGCAGCCUGUCCACCUCCAGCACCAAGACUCUCAGCUUCUCCACCAAGUCCCUGCCGCAGUCGGUCAACCGCAGCUCCAGCCUGCCCCCGAACGGCAAGAACCAGAGCGCCGGCUCGUGGUCCACCCAGUCCCUAAGCCGCAGCCGCGGGUCCGGCCUGGCCUCCAAACUGCCCCUGCGGGCGGUCAACGGGCGCAUCUCGGAGCUUCUCCAGGGCAGCGGGGGCUCGCGUGCUGGGCACGCCCGGGGGGCCUCCGACUCGGAGGAGCGUGGUGGCGGCAGCGGUGGCGGUCCGCAGCAAGGGGGUGAGGAGCGUCCGGUGGUCCACACGCUGCCGUCGCCCUACAGCAAGAUCACGGCGCCCCGUCGGCCGCACCGAUGCAGCAGCGGCCACGCCAGCGACAACAGCAGCGUGCUGAGCGGUGAGCUGCCCCCGGCCAUGGGCAAGACGGCGCUGUUCUACCACAGCGGGGGCAGCAGCGGCUACGAGAGCAUGAUCCGGGACAGCGAGGCCACGGGCAGCACGUCCUCCGCACAGGACUCCAUGAGCGAGAACAGCAGCUCCGUCAGCGGACGCAGAAGCCUCAAGAACUCCAAGAAGAGGAACAACACAGGUACGCAGAGGCGGCGUCUGAUCCCCAACCUGAACCUGGACACGGCGUCGCCGGUGAGGAAGCCCAUGAUCAGCCCGGGGGUGCGCUGGGUGGAUGGCCCCCUGCGGCCCGCUCAGAGGGGCCUGGCCGAACCCUUCGAGAUAAAGGUGUACGAGAUCGAUGACGUGGAGCGCCUGCAGCGGAGGAGGAUGGCCGGAAACAAGGAGGUGGUGUACUUCAGCGCCAAGCUGAAGAUCCUGGAGAACCGACAGCAGCGCAUCUCGGAGGUGCGGGCCAAGUACGACUGGCUCAAGAAGGAGCUGGAGCUGACCAAGCAGCACCUCAUGCUGGAACCCGAGAAGUGGACCACCGAGUUUGAUCUCCAGCAGACGUUCGAGGUGGACUCCCUUGAGUACCUGGAGGCUCUGGAGAUUGUGACGGACCGUCUAGAGACCCGGGUGAACUUCUGCAAAGCCCACCUCAUGAUGAUCACGUGCUUCGACGUCACCUGCCGGCGCCGGUAGAGGAAGUGGCUGCUGCAAUCGGUUGUCAGGAGUGAGAAUGAGCAAAGGACCAUGGGAAGUCGAAUUGUCUUGACCUCUCUGAUUGUUUUUGGACGAGUUUGGACCGUGAGGAAGUAGGACAAGUGGUUCAUCCUUCAAACGGUGACCAGGAAGAAUGGAAAAACACAAAAGACUAUUUUUCUAAAGUAGGAUCAUGAGACUGGACACUGGGAGGACAAGAAAAAUAAUAAAAAAAGACACGAAUGGAAGUUUUUAUCAGAGGAUGGCCCAUCUCCCCGGACUAGUCAAGCACUUUUUAAAAAACAAAAA